AUGAUGUGCGAACGAUGGCCCCGGAUCCCGAACCGAAGUGUAGCCUUUUCCGCAAGACCUCCAAAGACCCCCAACAACGCUUGGAUUGAUAAAGGUAAACCCAAGGUAUUACAGCUUUAUCUGCGAACUUCUGCCAAGUCAAACUCGAACCGUCUCUCUCCAGAAGACACAAAAAUAGAAAUCGAUGAGUUACCGCGCUCAGGAGCCGUCUCCGACUAUUUAAAGCACCAAAUCCUACGGGCACAGCAUACUCCCAAAAUGCGCACCGCAUUGCAAGCUCUAUUCAGCUCUUUUUGGGCUACCUUCAUCCGCAGAUGCGUCUAUAUAUUUGUACAUAUAUGUACAUAUGCUGCCCAUCGAUUUGUGUCCGAUGGCCGCAGAGAACAGACAGUUUUGCACAGACCUUGCACCUUGUGCUCUCCCUCCCCCUUUGCCACGUUCACGCUGCUGUGUACCUCUCCACAUUAUGCCUUUUUGUGUCUGAUAGAAAGACAAUUUACACACAGGCAUGCGCCCUGCAAAACUUUUGCCAAGAAAAAUGCCAGAAAGACAGCAUGGGCACUGCAUCCCGUCACGCAAGUGCCCAAACGGACAGAUCCCAAGAGCGCCGUUUUUGCUAGAAACUGCUCAUAA